AUGUCAUUAAAAUUUAAUGAACAAAAUAUAGUAACGUUUUCCUGCCCUUCUUCGUCAUCAACCCUUCCCUCCAAUUAUGUGCAACAAAAUAAACAACUUUCAUAUUCAUAUAAAUUUUCCGAUUUCAUUGGGAGAUUCUUUUCAAUAAGUUUGAUAAAUUUUCUUGCUCUGACUGCUACCAAUGAUGUUUUAAUAUUGGUAGUAGUUAGAGCAAGAAAGUUUAUCAAACUUAUUAAAAGAAUCUCUCAAUGA